CAUAGCCUGUACUCCAGCUCAGUGUUCAGUUAGGCACAGACGCUCUAGCCACUCUCCCACUCUUCUUGAUUUUCAUUCGGAUUUGUUGGUGCCGAACAACAAAAAGCAGCCAUGGAUGCCAUCAAGAAGAAGAUGCAGAUGCUCAAGCUCGACAAGGAGAAUGCCUUGGACAGAGCUGAGCAGGCUGAGGGAGAUAAGAAGGCGGCGGAGGACAGAAGCAAACAGUUAGAGGACGAUAUAAGAGAGUUGGAAAAGAAAUUGCGCAUUUCUGAGGACGAAAGAGAUAAAGUGUUUGAGGAGUUCCAAACUGCUGAGGAAAAGCUGCUGACUGCUGAGGAAGUGGCCACCAAGGCUGAGGCAGAUGUCGCUUCACUUAACAGGCGUAUCCAGCUGGUGGAGGAAGAGUUGGAUCGUGCUCAGGAGCGUCUGGCUACUGCCCUGACCAAGCUGGAGGAGGCUGAGAAGGCUGCUGAUGAGAGCGAGAGAGGCAUGAAGGUCAUUGAGAACAGGGCCAUGAAGGACGAGGAGAAGAUGGAGCUGCAGGAGAUCCAGCUCAAGGAGGCCAAGCACAUCGCUGAGGAGGCUGACCGCAAAUAUGAGGAGGUUGCCCGUAAGCUGGUCAUCAUUGAGGGAGACCUGGAACGUACAGAGGAGCGCGCUGAGCUGAAUGAGAGCAAAUGCUCUGAGCUUGAGGAAGAGUUGAAAACUGUGACCAACAACCUGAAGUCACUGGAGGCCCAGGCUGAGAAGUACUCACAGAAAGAGGACAAAUACGAGGAGGAGAUCAAGGUCCUCACCGACAAACUCAAGGAGGCUGAGACUCGUGCUGAGUUCGCUGAGAGAUCAGUAGCCAAGCUUGAGAAGACCAUUGAUGACUUGGAAGAGAAACUGUCACAAGCUAAAGAAGAGAACCUCGGUAUGCACCAGAUGCUGGACCAGACUCUAAUGGAACUGAAUAAUUUGUGAAAGCACAGUCUGACCCCAAAAGCACUGUGGUUUUGGCUUUUUGUACUUGCACCUUGCUUCACCAUAAACCCCUCUUCUCAUACCUUGGCCAUGGUGGAGAUGAAACAGCCAGAUGCUUUUCCUAUUGCACCGUCCUGCCUUCAGCGGAACUCGACCAACAUGCGAAGCUCAGGGGAAGUAAAGCUUAACCAUUCCCUUUGAUGAAGCCUAAACUGAGAAACAAGAUUGUUUUUGCAAGCAACACGUUUUUAAUCUUGUAAUGGUGUCCGCCUUUUGCAAACCUUGAGAUUUUUUGACAAGUGGUGAAAUGAAAUGUGCAACAUUGUUUUUAACAUCUGCAUUGAAGCUGAUCUGGUACAUUCCAUUCCACCUUGAUUAUGCACAUACUAAAGGACAAAGUGGAGAGAUUUUGCUCUUGGUUAAACCUCAACAUUAUGCACAUUUUGAAUUCUGUAAGACAAAUUAUGUUUAAAAGAUGUAUGCUUUCCUAUAAGAAGCUUGUAUCACUAGUGUAAGUAUACACUGACUACACCUGUCAGCUUGUAUACUGGUGCUAUAGUAUUGUUUAGCAGUGACGUAAAAUGCUAAUGCAUUACAUUCCUAUUCUUUAAACCAUAGUUCAAUUUUUUUUCAUUUUCUCUCUAAAGUAUGAUUUCAGUCAUCUGGUUGUGCAUUUUAUUAGUGUAGAUGUCUCAAGUGUUUAUCAUAUCUGAAAUGUACAAAUUAUAAAAAUUAAUAAAAGCACGUUCUGAAAGUU